AUGGCCACGCCACGAAUUUCGCCAGAGACAUCAACAGCAGACUUGGACGUCCAGAUAUCACCAAAGGCCGGGAGAGCAGGCUCUGCUGGCCACACCAAUCAAGACUUCCAAUCCAGCGACAGAACGGAAUACGACUUGACGAAACUCGAGGACGUGAAAAACUAUUUGAGAGAGAUAAGCCCUGACGAUACGGAGUUCGAGCUUCACGUUGUUUCAGGAGGCACUGCCAACUACGUGUACCGCUUCAUCGAGACUGGGGGAUACAGUGAAAUCUUCAAGCAUGCUGCUGGACAUCUCGCGAGUGACCCUGCUUGUACUCUGGACCCUGAGCGCAUGGAUUACGAAGCUAGCAUUCUUGGUAAAUUGUCAGAGGAGAAUGCGUGUCACUGCACCAUCGCAAAAGACUCCGAGACUCCCAAGAUCAAGAACACACACGUGCAUGUGGUCAAGGUUGGGUUUUACAAGAGGGACAUCAAGUUCUUGAAUCUCGAAGACGGUGGCAGUAAAAACCUCAAAGAUGCCUACUUAGAGCUCAGCGCAGAGGACGUUCGUAUAAUUGGUACAGAGCUGGGGAAAUGGCUGGCUGGCUUGCAUGGGAAGACCCCUACGAACUAUGUCAGUUCUACAGCACCAGACCGCGAGAACAACAAUACUGCCAUUACAGUCUGUCGCUACUCUUACAGAAAUUUGCCUGCUGUGCUUUCGCACUACGGAUAUGACGCAGAGUUGGGCCACAAGAUCAACAACUACUUUGGUGGACUGAUCGAACAAGAUGAAGAGUGUAUCUGCCAUGGCGAUUUCUGGCCCGGCAAUGUUCUAUUACGAAGCGACGUACCCGGGACAGGACCCCACAUCUUGACAGUCAUUGAUUGGGAAAUGGUACGUAUUGGCAACAGCGCAACAGACGUAGGACAAUUUGCAGCUGAAGCUUUCCUCCUCGACAAAUUCCACGGCAACAAGGGUCUCCACGCCGCAUUUAUACGAGCGUACUUCAAGUCAAGCGCUGUCAGCUACGGCGAUAGGGAGAUAAUAUAUCCUUGGAUGACCAGAGUCGCGAUACACUUUGCUGUCCAUAUUGCUUUCUGGCCUAGUCGCAAAGUUCAUUGGACUGAUGGGGAGGAUACGGAAGACCUGAUCGGUACUGCAGUUGUUAUACUGCAAGACAUCGUUUCACCCUUGCCGAAUGCAAGGACCUGGAGAGUUUUUGAAGGCUUGUCAGACCUCGACAUGAUUGCGCAGGACCUCAGGGCUGAGCGAGGAGAUCCGUACGAGAACGCCCUCAGCUCGACAAAUUAG